AUGGAUGGCCACAAUACGUCGUUACGAGCCCUGCUGGUCGCAUUCUGGUUCUUAACAUGGCUCGACCACAUCCUGGCCAUGCGCCCUGACCGCAUGGCCCAGCUGCGCCAGGAGACUGUCGACAUGUUCUAUCAUGGCUAUGACAAUUACAUGGAAUUGGCCUUCCCAGAGGAUGAGUUGCGACCCCUCACGUGCGCCCCUCUCCAUCGAGACGCCGUCAACCCGAACAACCUGGGCCUGAACGACGUGCUGGGUAACUACUCUGUCACCCUCGUCGAUACCCUGUCCAGCCUCGCCAUACUUGCCUCCGCCCCUCCCGACAGCCACAACACGGGCCCGAAUGCCCUGCGCGACUUCCAGCACGGCGUUGCCGCUCUGGUGGAGCAGUACGGUGACGGGUCUCCUGGGCCCUCGGGACAGGGCGUUCGAGCCAGGGGCUUCGAUCUGGACAGCAAGAUCCAGGUCUUUGAGACGGUCAUACGUGGAGUCGGGGGCCUCUUGAGUGCUCAUCUGUUUGCUGUGGGGGAGCUGCCCAUCCAGGGCUACAACCCAGUGCCCUCAGGCGCGCCUAAUCUGGAUGAUCCGUUACAUCUGCCUCCAAUAUCAUGGCCGAAUGGCUUCAGGUACGACGGUCAGCUGCUGCGGCUGGCGUUGGACCUUGCGAACCGCCUCCUGCCAGCUUUCUACACGACAACUGGGAUGCCGUAUCCCCGUGUCAAUCUGCGCCACGGCAUCCCUUUCUUCCCAAACUCGCCGCUCUACCAAGUCCUCGGCACGACCAGCCCCGACGCCCCAGACCCGGCCGACAUAACAGAGACGUGCAGCGCCGGGGCCGGGAGCCUGGUCCUGGAGUUCACGGUUCUGAGCAGGCUCACUGGCGACCCUCGCUUCGAGCAGAUUGCCAAGCGAGCCUUCUGGUCGGUCUGGAACAGGCGCAGCGAGAUCGGCCUCAUUGGGGCCGGUGUCGAUGCUGAGAAUGGCAACUGGAUCGGUGGCCAUUCCGUCAUCGGCGCAGGUGCCGACAGCUUCUUUGAGUAUGCUCUCAAGUCGCACAUCCUGCUCUCUGGGCACGAGGUCCCGAAUGCGACGACCCCCAAACGGUCCCCCGCGGAUGGUUCCUGGCUCGACCCUAAUGAGCUCUGGAUCCCCCUGACAGACGAACAAAACUCGCCCGAGGCCUUUCUAGAUGCAUGGCAUCACGCCCAUGCUGCCAUCAAGCGGCACCUGUACGAUGACACAGGCCACCCCCACUACUCCAACGUAAACAUCAUGACCGGCUCUUUGGCUUCGAAUUGGAUCGACAGCCUCGGUGCGUACUACCCUGGUCUCCUGACCCUGGCUGGAGAGCUCGAGGAAGCCAUGGAGACCAACCUCCUGCACGCCGCCAUGUGGACCAAGUAUGCAGCCCUGCCGGAGCGCUGGUCCAUCAAGGAGAAGCAGGUGGAGGGCGGCCUGGGCUGGUGGCCACUGCGGCCCGAGUUCAUCGAAUCCACCUACCAUCUGUAUCGCGCCACAAAGGAUACCUGGUAUCUCUACGUCGGUGAGAUGGUCAUGAGAGAUAUCAACCGACAGUGUCGGACUGAAUGCGGAUUUGCCGGCAUCCAGAACGUGGUGACAGGAGAACUGACCGACCGCAUGGAGACUUUCUUCCUCGGCGAGACCACAAAGUACCUGUACUUGCUGUACGACGACAAGCACCCGCUGAACUCUCUGGAUGCUGCCUUUGUCUUUACGACAGAGGGCCACCCGCUCAUUAUUCCCAAGGUCGCAAAGAAUAUCUCCAGGACUACACCCGUCUCCCCUGCCACGACCAAGGAGAUCGCGCUGUUCUACCACGACGAGGACUUCAGGAACGUCUGUCCCGCUCCUCCCGAGAUUCUUCCGCUCACGGGCUCCGGGAUUGUAUCAAGACCAGAUCUGUUCCAUGCGGCUCGGAUGCUCGACCUGCACAUGAUACCUAAUAUUCAUGCCGAUCUGGCGGCAGAGGAACAAGGGCCCGACAAUUCUGAGGUGACCAAGACCUACACAUAUUUCCCGUGGACUCUCCCGCCCAACGUGCUGCCUGAUAAUGGCACCUGUGGUAAGGUGCCCGACGCGGCUGAAUAUCAUCUCGAGUUCGGCAUGGUCGGCACCAACGGUGUAUUUGAUACAAUCAUUGGCGCACACAAUCUGGACCGGCUGGAUAUUGACAAGGUCAGGGUCAACAGGCUUGCCGGUCUCAAGCUUGCCAUGCGCAUAGAGGAAACCCCCGAGGGGUCCGAGGAGCUUCGUGUCACCAGAGUCAACGGUUUCCACCUCGGUCGCGAUGAGAACAUUGUCCUCAGCCGCGCCCUACUUGGCGAUAUCUCCGACACCAAGUUCAAGCUCAUCAGAGACCUCACGUCAGUGAAGAUCCACCAUCUCUAUGAGAUGGGCGUGGCGGACGAGUUCACAACGACAACGACCACCACCAACCCUCAUAUGGAAGAAACGCUUCUUGAGGAGGAACAGUGUGACGAUUUUACCGAGGGCGGAGACGACAUGGAGGAUGGUUACAACGCGCCGGAUGCCGAGACGUCCCCUGACACUCUCGCAACCAACAUCAACACACUGCUCCGCGCCUUCUGGUCGCAGGUACGCGCCGCUAACCCAUCGAACGCCACGCGAUCCCCUGGCAAGGCCCUUGAAGAAAUCAAUCCCGCUGGCCAUCCCUUCAACGUCAUCAUCAAUACCACAGCCAUCACUCCUACCGGCGUGGGUGCCGCGCCCCUCCCGCCCGUAGACAUGCCAGCCAACGCCAAAAUCCCAGCCUUUGGGCCGAUUCCCCCCUAUAUCCUGCCCUGGAGCACUAUCUAUGCCGCCGGCGAUGCCUGCGAACUCCUACCGGAAGAAGGGCCCCGCGACCACCAGAUCAUCGUUGUCCGACGCGGUAGGUGCACAUUCUCGGAGAAGUUGGCCAAUAUUCCCGCCUACAAACCGAGCCCGGACUCGCUGCAGCUCGUGAUUGUCGUGUCCGAGGACGAAGAAGACGGGUACCCUGUGGCUGAGGGCGAGGCAGUACUGUCGCGACCGCUGUUGGCUGAGGAACAGCGUACGCCGGCCGGCAUCCAAAGGCGUCACCCCAUCGCCAUGGUAAUGAUGGGCGGUGGGGAGGAGAUGUACCGACGACUUGCAACCGAGGCGGUAAGGCUGGGUAUGACGAGGAAAUAUGGCGUAGAGAGUGAUGGACGGAGAAUCAGUAAUGUCAUUAUUGACGAUGGGGAUACGAUGGCUCGAAAGUAUUCGUGA